GUGUCUCAUGCCUGGACAUUCUAUUGUAUCCUGGAGACUUUAGAAUGUAAUCUGAUGUCACCUGUGUUGUAGCAACACCAACUGCCUUUGGACAGUUGGUUCAGUGCCCUUACAGUUCAGCCAUGAACAUGUUGGGAAGACUCAGGACUCUAUUGGGUCGAGAGAAAGGAGAGGGAAGAGAAACCAGAGAGAGGCAGACACAAGCUGGCCUUCAGCCAUUCCAAUGUGAACAAUCAAGAAAGAAAUGGUCAAGAAGAUGGUACAGGGCCUCCAAGGAGCCACCACCCACUCCAACCAGCCUCACAAAGAAGCAAGUGAAGCAGAAGGUGGAGAGCCUGACCACUCAGCUCCGGGAGAUGACUGCCCAACGGAAUGAUCUGAGAGAUCGCCUCAUCUUAGUAACCGAAGGAUCCUUGGACAACAAGCCCUACCACAGGCCAAAUCCUUUCUGGGAAAAGCUCAAGAUGGAACAUCAGCAGGUCAUGUCACACCUGCAGAAGUUUGAGAAGGAGAAUUUGGAGGUGUCACAGAAGCUCAGUGAGCUGACCAAAGAGAAAGACUUCCUUUGUGAUCUGCAGAGCCGGCUCCUGAUGGAGCAGAGUCAGCUCAAAAAGAAAUUGGAUAUGCUGAGGCAACAGAAGGAGAACCUACUGGAGGAUUGUGUCGUGCUGAAGCACCACUUGGGUGACUUGCAAGUGCUCAGUAAGGAUCAAGAAGAGAUCAGUGACCUCCAGAACCAGCAACAGCAGGAGCAGCAAAGAAUGGAAGAGAGACUCCAGAGCUUGCUGAAACAGAGGGAGCUUGUCACACAGCAAAAACACCUGACAAUAAAGCUGCAGCAUCAUUUGACUGUCUCCCAGAUGAGGUCAGAAAAUCUCCAACAGGAACUGGAACAAUCCACAGCUCAAGAUGAGAGCCUCCUGCCGACAGAGCUGCUGCUGCAGGAGCACUAAGUGUCAUAAGCAACACCCUUUAUGAGAACUGAGGAGGCUGAAGGAAUCCAUUGUCAACUAGAAACCCUGACACUCUCCACUCUAUGAUCAAGGCCUCCUCAGAACAAGACAUGUACUACUAGUUGUGAAAUCACCAGUGAGGCAAAUAUCAUCUGCCCUGCAGGUCAUCCAUCCAUAAUCUGAUCCAUGUGUCUGUUGACUCAUUGGUUAUGGAAUAAAGAAACCAUCAAGAAGAUGCUUGAGAUUCAAAAAAUAAACACCAAGAGUUAUGCAGAAAAAGAUGACAUCUACCAGCAAGUGUUCCCAGUGAGGGCCACAACAACAUGGAGAGAAUAUGUUUCUGCUCAUAGUUACUCUGAAGUUUAUCGCUACAAACUUUUGGUAGCUGACUGAGUGUUGAGCCCUUCAUAUGUGGAGGGAGAUAUGUCAACAGAGACUGUGUUGAUGUCAUGCUGCUAUCCAGACAGACCACACAAAGGAAGCAUCAUAUUCUCACUCCAGUCCAUUGUGGAAACUACUCAAUUUCAUGCACAUGUGAUGGUGAAGUGAAUUGUUCUGAGAGAUGAUUUAGGAAGGAUGUCACCAUGAGAUGUUAUGUCUUUUGGUAACAGAUGCUCCCCGUGUCAUUUUUUGCUCUUGAAUGGGCACACAGACACAGGUUGGCAGACAGAAACAUAUAGUGGUCAACAUGGCAUAAGAUCAACUUUGGCAAGGACUUAACCUAGAAGCCCCAAAGUGGCAUGACUACACUUGUCUUGAAGAGGGUAUUUCAAUUCAGGGUUGUCUUCCAACUUGUGUCCAAAGCCAGCCACAGAGUGUAGGACAUCUGCAUGAAGAGAAAGCUUCUUAUGUAAAUAGUUUUGGUUUGUUUUGUGGUUUGCAUGAAUUUAGGUUUUGUUGUUCUUUGUUUUGUUUUGCUGUUUUUUUAUUUUUUUGGUUCUUUGUUCUUUCUUUGAUUUUAUAUUUUGCUAAAGCUAUACACUGGAUAUACUAAGCACCCCUUUAAGGCCCUAUUCUGUCAAAUUUCUGUAAUUUCACAAAUAAAAAAUAAUUUCCAACUCUUCA